AUGUCUUCUCCUUCCUGGAUAGUCAAUUAUAAUAUUAUUUCUGGUGCACUGUGGUCCUUUGUGCUCGUUAACACGCUGCUGGUUGCAGCGCUCUACUCUGGCUACGAAGUUUUCGACUUAACGUCCACGUGGAACACGCUGAUCCAAUGUUGUGCUGUGGUGGAGAUCUACAACUCUGCAGUGGGCAAUGUGCGUUCGCCUUUGGUCACUACAGUGAUGCAGGUGGCCUCCCGUUUGCUGCUUGUCAUAGGUAUUUUCACAAUUCUUCCAGACUCUCCCGCAAAUGCCCAUUGGUCAUACAUCACCAUGAUCACCGCGUGGGCCAUCAGUGAGAUUAUCCGGUACUAUUACUACGCUGUUAACAUUCUGAGCGAGGGCAACCCGCCUGCUAUUCUGAAAUGGCUGCGUUACAACGCUUUUCUGAUUCUGUAUCCGGUUGGGAUCUCCAGUGAGUGUACCAUGAUCUACAACAGCCUGGACGAGGCAGCAUUGGCAGUUGGGGAGUGGUACAAGUGGUUUCUCAUUGCAUGUUUGGCUGUGUACGUUCCUGGAUCGUACGUGAUGUAUACACAUAUGCUCAAGCAAAGAAGAAAGGAAAACAAAAAACAGGCAGCGAAGACAGAAAAGAAGGAGUAA